UGUUAAUUUCGAGUGGUGCGCCUCCGUUACCGACGGUCAGUAGUGAAUUUCCUGGUUUGACUUCAUUAGGAUCAACCGGUGGGUGUUGUCCAGGUGUUGUACCGGCGCCACCACGUUCCACACAAGUUGUCAAUUGGAAAAUGGAUCCACCGGUUGGACUACCAUCAACACCAAGUUCUGGAUCAUCGCCGGCUGUCAUUCCAACUGCGUUACCUUGCUCCCCUACAGCUGCUACAUCACCAACAAUUUCAUCAGCAGCCGCUGUAGUAACGUCAGCAUCGGUAGGAAAUGCUGCGGCAUCUGUUGUAAAUUCUAGUGGUAUACCGCCACCAGCUUUACGUGAAUUAUACGCUGCAGCAGCAGCAGGAGGUCCUGGGCAUCCGUUAGCAAAUUUAGUUUCCCAACAACGACUGUUAGAAUUAUCACGAUUUGGAUUUCGACAUUAUGAUUUAGCGCAACAUAUGUUAACUCAACAAGGUGCUGUUUCAAAACUUUUAGGUACAUUAAGGCCGCCUGGUUUAAUUGGUGGAAGUAAACCAAAGGUUGCAACACCCGCUGUUGUCUCAAAAAUUGAACAGUACAAACGUGAAAAUCCAACAAUAUUUGCAUGGGAAAUUCGUGAAAGACUUAUUUCAGAAGGUGUUUGCACAAAUGCUACAGCUCCGUCAGUCAGUAGUAUUAAUCGAAUUUUAAGAAAUCGAGCAGCAGAACGUGCAGCAGCUGAAUUUGCACGAGCUGCUGGUUACGGUUUAUAUCAUCCACAUCCGUAUGCUGCUGCGGCAGCAGCAUUUCCAUGGCAUUCACAUUUAUGGCCGGGAGCAGCUGUAGGAAUGCCACCUACUAAUUCUUCAGCCCAAGGAGCUUCAGUAUUAGGCUCACCUGGAUCGUCAGCUUCAUCUGGUUCGAUAAUUCAUCAUCCUGAUAUGUCUGGAUCUGGAUUAUUAACAAGCCAAGAUCUAGGUGGAAUGCCAAGACUAAUUGAUGUUGACGGUAAAGAUGAUUCAGGAAGCUUGGAUGGAUCGGAACAACCUAAAUUUCGACGAAAUCGAACAACGUUUAGCCCAGAUCAGCUAGAAGAAUUGGAAAAAGAGUUCGAAAAAAGCCAUUAUCCUUGUGUUUCAACCCGAGAAAGACUUGCCUCAAAAACAUCCUUGUCUGAAGCCAGAGUACAGGUUUGGUUUUCUAACAGACGUGCAAAAUGGCGUCGACACCAACGAAUGAACUUACUGAAACGUUCAUCGCCACAAAUGGGAAGUACACGUCACCAUCGACAAUCAUCACCAACGGGGGGCAACGGAGGCACAGCAUCGAGUGGCCAAGCAUCUUCAAUACAUUAUGGGAGCGGUCACCAUCCGCUAGGAACUCCAUCACCACCGAAUUCGGUUACAACCCCCACCGGUUUACGAUACCCACAGCUUACUUCACAGCAAGGUACCACCCGUGGCUCAACACAUCACAAUAUCCCACGUAUACCCACAACCACUUCAAUGCUACUGCAAAUGGGUGGAGAAAAUAGUGCAUUUAAAGCGUUAGUACCUAAUCAUUUUUCAGUGGCUAUGUUAGCGAAAGGACAGAAUCAACGAUCAUAUGAAUCUGAUGAAGAUUUAGAUCAAGAUUCAGACGAAGAAAUUAUUGUGAAUGAUGAAAGUGAUGAUGAAGAAGCACACAAUCAGCUGCGACGCGCAGUUAUGGAAAUGAAUAAUCGUAUGUUACAGCAACAAGCAGCUGCGGCUAAAGAGAAUUCGGGUAGUACAAAAGAACGUUCAAAAUCACCUUCUCCAAAUGAAGAUAGUAAUAAUCGACAAAGUUCGGGAAACAGUAAUUCAUGUCAACCGUUACAAUUAACAAAACAUGAUCGUUAAGGCUACCAAAAAUUUCAUCAGCAUCAGCGUACUAAUUUGGCUCUCUAGCACAAAUGCUAUAAUUUAUCGACUGCCUUAAAGGACAGUGCU